CAACUGUUUCUUGAGGUCGAAGCAGACACAAGCAGCGGACGAACCACGAUGGAGUUUGUUUAUGUUGCUGUGGUUGUGUUCGCUCUUCUGUCUCGCGGACAAUCGGCUCCAGCAUCGAGCUGCGCGGCUCUAAUCCAACCUCUUGAAAUCCAGAGAGACCAGUUGCUGGGCAAUUGGAUGGUGGUGGCAGAAAAGGCAGACUUUCAGGAUGUUGAAGUGAAGAUGAAUCAUUUUAAACAAAGCAUGUGGUGGAAAGUCUCUGCGGCUCAGGAGAGCGAUGCCUUCAAUUUCAUGAGCUCAAUGAAAGCGUUUGGCUUCUGUGUCGGAGUCAAACUGAAGAUGACCUUGGUGAACAACACUCUCCGUUUAGUCAUAACCAACCAGACCUUGCACCACCUUCUCCAGCCAGAGCUCUUUUCCUUCAACCUACUGAAAACUGGCUGUCCAGACUGUCUUCUGCUGGGAAGGUCUCAGGACUCAGUAAUCGAUAGAAUGAUAUUCCUGAGCAAAAGAAGGACUUUGUCUGAUGCUGAGCUGGAAGGGUUUAAGAAGCUGGGAGAGUGUUUUAACUUAACACAGACUAUGAAUGUGAACACAGGAGGAGAUGUUUGCCCAGAGCCGCCUCCUUUUGAAGAAAUAGACAACAUCAAUUUCUUCAUCGAUGGACAGAGAUCCGACAUAGAAAACAUAAUGGAGAGGAUUUUAAGCAGUGUGGGCGGAACAGAGAAUUUCCUUAAAAUGAUCUCGGAGGAACCUUCCACGGACGUUUAAUCAUACGGAAGCUGUGUCCCAGAGAAUCAGCGUAUUCCGUCAGUCACAUUUUACAGUAAAGUUGUGCAUUCCAUGAGAGACAGACUGAAAGGUGAAUAGUCCAGGUCAAAGCAGCAGAGACUGAGCUAUCCUCACAUUUAAUCCCUCUUAUGUCUGGAUCCCGGAUUUCCCAUAAUGCAGCUUCAUUGAGAUGUAACUUUCCGAGUUGAGGGAACUUCACAAGUUUUUUUAACAUGAUGAGUAAACUGAACUUCAGCUGCAACACCAUUGCAGUUCUCUGGUGUGAGAUCAAGCACCCAGAAUAAAGUAUUAUCAAGUACGUGGACAACAACUCUGAUUUGUCUUUACUCGUGUUGAGGUUUUGUAGCCAUGCUUACAACAUGACUGUGUCAGUGUUGAUUGUUUCACCUUUUUAGUCUGCGCUCAAAUGAUGCCCUGAACCCUCACAGACUUAUCUGUGAGUGUGAGAGGCAUAUUGCGCCAUAUUACAUUACCUUGACGCUGGCAAAACAUGUGGCUUAAUCUGGAAGGUUUGGGAGUUUUUAUGUCAAAUUGUUGACUUUCUUGCUGCCUGAUAUCACCAUGUUCCAGCUUCUUGGACGAGAGGUUAUUCUGAUCAAUUUACUUGUUUUUGGGCAAAAUGGCAUCAUUAUGCAAAAAUGUAAAUAAAUGGUGGAUGAAUAAA